GCUCCUCGGCGCUCGGCUCCGCGCUCCGCUCGGCCUCGCGGGGCUCGGCGGCGGGCUCCGCGGGUGUCCGUCCGCGCCUCGGGCCCUCGCGGCGGGCCGAGCUGGCGAUCCGGCCCCCAGCAGUCGUGCGGCGGAAAUAAUGCAAAAGGUGUCUCAAGGCUCCUGACCAGUGAACAAAGAUUUGAGAAAGACAGCCAAGCUCAUGUUUUCUCCUGAUCAAGAAAACCAUCCUUCCAAAGCCCCAGUGAAAUAUGGUGAACUCAUUGUCUUAGGGUAUAAUGGGUCUCUCCCAAACGGCGAUAGAGGAAGGAGGAAAAGUAGGUUUGCUUUGUUUAAAAGACCUAAGGCAAAUGGGGUGAAGCCCAGCACUGUGCAUAUUGCAUGUACCCCUCAGGCUGCCAAGGCAAUAAGCAACAAGGACCAGCAUAGCAUAUCAUACACAUUAUCUCGAGCCCAGACUGUGGUGGUUGAGUAUACUCAUGACAGCAACACUGAUAUGUUUCAGAUUGGUCGGUCAACUGAAAGUCCUAUUGAUUUUGUAGUAACUGACACAGUUCCUGGAAGUCAGAGUAACUCUGACACGCAGUCAGUACAAAGCACUAUCUCCAGAUUUGCCUGUAGGAUCAUAUGCGAGCGCAAUCCCCCCUUUACAGCUCGGAUUUAUGCUGCAGGGUUCGACUCAUCAAAAAACAUCUUUCUUGGGGAAAAGGCUGCCAAAUGGAAGACGUCUGAUGGGCAGAUGGAUGGCUUGACCACUAAUGGUGUUCUUGUGAUGCAUCCACGAAAUGGGUUCACAGAAGACUCCAAGCCUGGAAUAUGGAGAGAAAUAUCAGUUUGUGGGAAUGUAUUCAGUCUUCGAGAAACCAGAUCAGCCCAACAGAGAGGAAAGAUGGUGGAAAUCGAAACCAAUCAGCUACAAGAUGGCUCCUUAAUUGACCUUUGUGGUGCAACCUUGUUAUGGCGUACUGCAGAAGGCCUUUCCCACACUCCUACUGUGAAGCACUUAGAAGCUUUGAGACAGGAAAUCAACGCAGCACGGCCUCAGUGCCCCGUAGGGUUCAACACACUAGCCUUUCCCAGUAUGAAGAGGAAGGACGUUGUAGAUGAAAAACAACCGUGGGUAUACCUAAACUGUGGCCAUGUUCAUGGUUAUCAUAACUGGGGAAACAAAGAAGAACGGGACGGAAAGGAUCGUGAAUGUCCUAUGUGUAGGUCUGUCGGUCCCUAUGUCCCUCUGUGGCUUGGAUGUGAAGCUGGGUUUUAUGUGGACGCCGGCCCUCCCACCCAUGCCUUCAGCCCUUGUGGGCACGUGUGUUCAGAAAAGACAACGGCCUACUGGUCCCAGAUCCCACUUCCUCAUGGUACUCACACUUUCCACGCAGCCUGUCCCUUUUGUGCACAUCAGUUGGCUGGUGAACAAGGCUAUAUCAGACUUAUUUUCCAAGGACCUCUAGACUAACAGCUGUCUCUAGGACUGCAUUAUAAGUUUAUAAGCUAAGCGAGUUGGGUUUUCCAACCAGUUGUCCAAGUAAGUUUCUCAGCUCUGGUCAUUUGCAUUAAGAUGAAGAAUUUUUUAAAUAUUUAUAAUAGUGAUUUCUGAGAAAAAUCUGGGAAACUCAAGCAAAGGAAUUUUUGAAAGUUCCAGACUUCUGAAUUCUGAGUUUUGAAAAUAUAUUUUGAGGAGAAAAAGACAUAGUCUAAUUUGAUGCCUUCAUUUUAGUGUUUUGAAUCACCACCCAUACUCAGUGUUGAGUUCUUCUGUAUAACUGAGGGUCUUGGUUCAAACUACAUUAGUUUACAAUUUGUUGCAAACAUUGUAAAAUAUAGCAAUGUGUAUAUUAAUUUUUUCUAUUUAUCUUUAUCAUAGAAAAUACCUUAGAAUGUCGUGAUAGAGUAGCAUGGUAACGACGGUGUCACACACAUUUGGUGUGAAUGGUAGCAUAGUGAGCACAUAGCUCAAGGAUUUGCAAAGCUAAGGAGAAAGACAAGAGCUUCCCUCCCCCGGGCCAGUGUAGGUAGGGAAUCUGAUGGAUUAGAGUAUUCCAUAAAACCAGAUUCACAGAAUUACCAUUGUCUCAAAGGUGUUUGUUUUUAACCACAUUGAAGUUAAUCAAAAAACUUUUUUUCCUUAAUGUUUCUCUCAAGUGUAGUACUAUAACAAAAGCUAAUGCUAAGAGACAUUUUAUAUGCUCCUUUGAAUAUGCAAUCUAAUCUAGAUGAUCUAUUUUUCUCCCAUGGUAACUGAUCUGUUUUUAGUGCCAGCGACAUUUGGCAAGUUUAUUUUUUUGGAUAUAAACUGUGGUUCAUCUGUUCACUGUUUCUAAAAAAAAGAAAAAGAAAAAGAAAAAAGAAAAAAUCCUAUGAGAAACGCAUAAAUUAACAAGAAAUUAACAAGAGAAGAAAAUUACUUGAUUUGCUUUUAGGAAAAAGAAAUAAAGUGUUUUGUAAAUUAUUCUGUAUUGGGUUAUUCCAAGCAGUAGAAAUGUAGAGCUACGAAGGGUUGAACGACAGCAGUACCUCCCUUGUAACCCAGCAGACCAGCCUUAACUGCGGGCUUGACUCCUAAGGACAGUGGCCUCAGUGUGACUCCGGAAAUGUCUGGUUGGCGGAUGAAGGGGCGUGGCAGCAAAGGAGGACACACCCCAGGGUCUCUUAGUUCUCUAAAUCCAGUAUGUGCUUUGCAAGACAGUUUCUUCUCACCCUAGCCUUUUUUAAAAUGCACCAGACAUACAAACAGUUGCACUACACCAAACCCUUUUAACACUUAUAGAAAUCAGCAUACAUUUAGAUUAGACAGCCAUCUUUCAGUCUUUGAUUUCUUUUCCUUUCGUUUGAAAAACUGUAUAAUACUUAAUCGACUAUUGUCAAAUUUUUAUAUGUGGUAGUAUAGCUUUACUUUAUCUUACUACAUCAGUGUUUUGUUGUUUUUUUUUAAGUAAACAAAAAAGUCACUUAGAAGCCAUGAACUAUUUUAUUUUACUUGAUUGUCAAAUUCUUUGUUUUGAAAAUGAUCAUUUGGGUUCACUCAGGAAAUGCAUGUCAAGAAAUUUGUAUUAUAAGUUAGCUGUGAUGUAUCAGUAACUGCUGGUUAUUACCCUUUUUUCAAAGAGAUUUAGUUGAUUUUGAAGUUUUCUGGUCACAUGCUUUGUGACUAAUGCAAGGAAAUCAAGUCCUGUGUUGUUUGUUCCUGUCAUUUCUGUUGAGGCUAUAUAUUGUAGCUUAAUUUUUAUUUGCAAUUAAUUUAUUCAAACUAAGUAAAUACUUUUCAAAAUAGA